AUGUGGCGGGGGCUCUGGACCCUGGCAGCCAGGGCGGCGCGAGGGCCUUGCAGACCGUGCGUGCGCCAGAGCAGCGGUGCCGGGGCUCCCGGGUCCGGGGCUCCCGGGUCCGGGGCCACCAUUUUCGCGCUGAGCUCCGGCCAAGGCCGCUGUGGCAUCGCGGUGAUCCGGACCAGCGGUCCUGCCAGCGGGCACGCCCUCCGGAGCUUGACUGCGCCCCGCGAGCUGCCGCGCGCCCGCAGCGCCAGCCUGCGCCUGCUCACCGACCCCCGCUCCGGGGAGCCGCUGGACCGCGCCUUGGUGCUCUGGUUCCCAGGUCCCCACAGUUUCACGGGUGAGGACUGUGUGGAGUUCCACGUGCAUGGAGGCCCCGCCGUGGUGAGUGGUGUCCUGCAGGCCCUGGGCAGGGUGCCAGGGCUGCGGCCUGCGGAGGCGGGCGAGUUCACCAGGCGGGCCUUCGCCCACGGGAAGCUGAGCCUGACCGAGGUGGAGGGGCUGGCGGACCUGAUCCACGCAGAAACCGAGGCACAGCGGCGGCAGGCCCUGAGGCAGCUGGACGGGGAGCUGGGCCAGCUCUGCCGUGGCUGGGCAGAGACGCUCACGAAGGCUCUGGCCCAUGUGGAGGCCUAUAUCGACUUUGGGGAGGAUGACAACCUGGAAGAGGGUGUCCUGGAGCAAGCCGACAGCCAAGUGCGAGAGCUGGCGGUGGCCCUGGAGACACACCUUCGAGAUGCCAGGCGCGGGCAGAGGCUGCGCUCCGGGGCGCAUGUGGUGGUCACGGGACCCCCCAACGCGGGCAAGAGCAGCCUAGUAAACCUGCUCAGCCGGAAGCCGGUGUCCAUCGUGUCGCCAGAGCCGGGGACCACCCGGGACGUGCUGGAGACCCCCGUGGACCUGGCCGGGUUCCCGGCGCUCCUGAGCGACACGGCAGGGCUGCGGGAGGGCCAGGGGCCGGUGGAGCAGGAGGGUGUGCGGCGUGCCCGAGAGAGGCUGGAGCAGGCGGACCUCAUCCUGGCCGUGCUGGACGCCUCCGACCUGGCCUCUCCAUCCAGCUGCGACUUCCUGGACACGGUUGUCACCCCCGCCAUAGCCCGGAGCCCCAACGGGAACGGCCAGCGCCUCCUGCUGGUGCUGAACAAGUCGGACCUGUUGCCUCCCGGGGGUCCGGACCUCAGCCCUGAACUGCCCCCGCACCUGCUGCUGUCCUGCCUGACCGGGGCGGGGCUGGACGGCCUCCUGGAGGCGCUGAGGAAGGAGCUGGCUGCAGUGUGUGGGAACCCGUCCACUGGCCCACCACUUCUGACGCGGGCCAGGCACCAGCACCACCUCCAGGCUUGCCUGGACGCCCUCGGAAGCUACAGGCACGCCCCCGACGUGGCCCUGGCGGCCGAGGCGCUGCGCGUCGCCCGCGGACACCUGGCCCGCCUGCACGGAGGAGGGGGCACCGAGGAGGUCCUGGACAUCAUCUUCCGGGACUUCUGUGUGGGCAAAUGA